AUGGUACGGGAAGGUCUGCUAAGUAUUUUAUCAGCAAUAACAAUUUAUCUACCUGCAGAAGUAGCAUCAUUUACACGUUGUCCUGAACGUGGUACAACAGAUUCUCCUACAAUAAGUUAUUAUUCCGACGAAAAGUUUUGUAAUGUAUAUCAUAAAUGCAAUUGUUCUCUUACACAAUGUCAUGUUGUUGAAUCUCAUGUCUGUCCAAUUGCAAAAGUUUAUUCAAAAGAGAAAGCAACUUGUUUAGAUAUCGAAGAAGAAGGUUGUGAUUCAACAUAUGUACAAUGGGUACAAACUCAUAGUAGUAACAGUGAUGAUGAUAACGACAAAGAUACAGUUGCUAUUAUGGUAUCAGAUUCUCUUCUUCCAUCAGCAUCAAGUAAAGAUUUUGAAUGUGAACAAGGUCAACCAGGCAAAUUUAGUGAUCCAAAUAUUUGCAAUAUAUUUCAUGUAUGUAUAACUCGAAAUGAAAAAACAGUUGAUCAACCAUUUAUGUGUCCAUAUCCAACUGUAUUUAAAAGUGGUCCAUCCGGGAAAAUGUUUUGUGCACGACCACAAGCAAAUGAUUGUCAUGGUAAAGCAUUCUAUCGUACAAUGGAAGAUUCAACAAAUUUAGCAAAAAAUAUAAAUAUGGAUAAUGAUGAUAUAACUAGUUAUCGUUUACCUGAAAAUACACUUAUGAUUGAAAAAUGUACUAAAUCAGGUUUAUAUCCUGAUAGUCUUUAUUGCAAUGCUUAUCAUAAAUGUACAACAAAAAACGAAGAUGAACAAUAUUUAUGUGAAAAUCAAUUAUUAUUCAAUCCUGAAUCGAAUAUUUGUGAUUAUCCAAUAAAUGUUGUUUGUGGAGGUAAAGGUUUACUUCGUCGUCCAACAGGUUUUUCAAAUGGUACAGUUGUUAAUUCUUCAUAUAUAAUGGUAUAUGGUACUGAAUUACGUCCUGAUUGUCCAUCGGAUGUAUCCAAUGUACUUGUUGCUGAUAUGAAUUAUUGUAAUGUUUUUUAUCAUUGUCAAUCAGGUCGUGGUUCAGUUUAUAUGUGUCGUGAAGGAACAGUAUUUGAUUCUACAAAUCAAGAAGGUGUUAGUUCAUGUCGUUUAGAAGAAUUAAUUGAUUGUGGUAAUCGUUUGAUUUUAACUUCACAAGGUAAACGUUCAUCAACAUAUAUAAAGAAAGAUAAGCCAAUGACAAAUACAAAUUUCUUUGGUUUUGAUACUAAUCAAUCAAAAGAAAAAAAUAUGAUAUUAACAAAAAAUCUUCAUCCAAAAUAUUCGAAUUUUAUCUUAUUACCACCACCAAUGCAAAAUCAAAAAGUUAUUGUUAAUGUUCCAUUUGAUUGUAAAGGACGUAUUGAUGGUCAUUGGCGUGAUACACGUUAUUGUGAUGUAUUUCAUGCUUGUAUUGCUGGUGAACAAAAACGUUCUUAUGGUUGUAAUCAAAUAGGUGAACGAUUUUAUUUUGAUGAUGCUUCACAAAAAUGUGAAUUUGCUAGUAGAAAUCAAAAUGGUUGUCCAGCAAAUCAAUAUUAUACAGCAAUUGAAGCUAUUCCAGCUGUACCUGGAGCACAAUUAAGUACAGAAGCACCAACAGAACCAUGGAAAAUAUUUAUUCAAUCUCGUGAACAAUUUAGUUGUUCAGGAAAACAAGAUGGUUUUUAUGCUAGUCGUUGGUGUAAUGUAUUUUAUCGAUGUUUUACUGGUAUAGCUAGUGCUUUUCUAUGUCCAAAAAUGCCAAGUGGUGCUCGAUUAUGGUGGGUACAACAUGGUUCACCACAAGGUAUUGCACAAGAAACAGCACAAUGUACAUGGCCAUGUGAAACAGGUCGUCGAUGUUCAAGUUCAGGUGGCAUUAUUGUUGAUUCUGGUUCAACAGUUAGUGAAAGUCAACAAGAAGCAGAAACUGUUUUUUCACAAUCACUUUGUACAACUUCAUCAUCAUCAUCAGGCAAUUUCAAUCCAGGAACAAGCUCAGGUGGAUCAGGUAGUGGUAGUGGUAGUUUUGUACCACAAAUACCUUCAACUGGUGGAUCAUCAAACGCAGGUAAUAGCGGAUCAGUUAAUCCAGGCACUGGAUCACAACCAAAUAUCGAUGGAUCAUUUACAGUUGAUUCUGAUGUAAGUUGUAUUGGACAAGCUGAUGGUGUCUUUCUUGGAAGUCGUUAUUGUAAUGUAUUUCAUCGUUGUGUUAGUGGUACUCGACGAGAUUUUCGUUGUCCACGUGCUACAAAUACACCCUAUGAUCUUUGGUGGAAUCAACAAACUCAACAAUGCGAUUGGCCAUGUCGAAUACAAUGUGCUGGCUCUGUCUAUGGUACAUCUACAUCUGCUCAACAAGUUCGUACAGAAAAUGCAUUAUUAUUUAGUAAUGAAUGUGCUGGUUAUCAAGUUAAUGUUAAUGCUAAUUCUAAUGUUAAUAUGGGUAUUGUCAAUAAUCAAGCAAUGGUUUAUUCAUCAAUGCCUCAAGAACCUGAACCAACACGUAGUUCAAUGUCUAAAUUAAUUGAAAAUCCUGAUCCAAAUUUUAUUUGUACACAAUCUGGUAAAUUUCCAACACGACGUUAUUGUAAUGUUUAUUAUGAAUGUUCUGAUGCUGGUCUACCACCAAUACAAACAUUUGAAUGUGUUGAUAGUUUCUUUGAUCGUAGUCAAGGUUUAUGUAUGCCAAAAGAUCAAGUUCCAUGUUUAGGUGGUAUAUAUCCAUACGAUUCAGUUCCAAUUGAUCGUAAUCCAGAUUCAUUACAAUGUUCAACUAAUUCAGGUUUUCAAUUACAUACAUCAAGACAAUUUUGUAAUAUCUAUUAUUUAUGUGAUGGUACACAAACAACACCAACAACAUUUCGUUGUUUUGAUCGUCAAACUCAACAAGAAGGUAUAUAUGAUCCAUUUGCAGAACGUUGUGAUUCACGACGAAAUUCCAAUUGUCAAAAUGCUAUAUUAAAUUUAAGUCAAACACAAUUAUAUCGUUCCAUAUCAAUUGAUCAUACACGUUUACCUGAUUUAUCAACAUUACCAUGUAAAUAUGAUCAACAAUAUGUUAUUGAACAUGAACAAUAUUGUAAUUUAUAUCAUGUAUGUAAACAAGGUGAUUAUCAUUUAUAUGCUUGUAUAUCAAAUGGUGAAGAUAAUCAACCAACAUCAUAUUUCUAUCAACCAAAUGGUCAAUGUGCUGCACCAUUAUCAACAUUAUGUCCAAAAACAAAGAAUGUUUUUAGUUAUGGACGUUUAUUAGCUACUGCCAAUAGUGAAAUUUUUCAACCAUUUAUUAUGCCCGAACAACAACAACAACAGCAACAACAUAAUUAUGGUUCAAUACCAAUUCAAGAACGUGUUGAACCCAUUCCAAAAUGUCGUUCAACAGAUAAUUAUAUAAUUUCACAUGAACGUUAUUGUAAUUUAUUUUAUGGUUGUAAAGAAGGUGAACUUAUUCUUUAUGCAUGUGUUGAUCGUUUAACAAAUACAUAUGGUGGAUUAUUUCAAUCAUCAACUGGAAACUGUAUACCACCCAAUGAAAAUUCGAAUGAAUGUCCAACAAAUGAAUUUUUUCGUCCAAUAAUUAUUCCAACAACACGUAUAUAUCCAAAUGUGGCAUUUCGUUCAUAUACAAUGCUUGAAACAUCAAAUGAAACAUUACGAAAUCAUCAUGAAAAAAAAUUUAAUGAAACAAAUGAAAUAAAAUCAUCAUUUUCAUGUGUAAAUCGUGCUGAUGGUUAUUAUGAAUCUGAAUGGUGUAAUGUUUUCUAUCGAUGUUUUGCAGGAAAACGUAUUAAUGAACAUUGCCCAUCAGCUGCUAGUCAACCAUCAUUGAAUUAUGAUCUUUGGUGGACACAUCAAAAUUCUAUAUAUAAUUCAAGUAAUCCACGUUAUUUUGGUGGUAAAGAUUAUAUAGUUAAAUGUGAAUGGCCAUGUAAAGUUGAAUGUAAAAAACCAAUAUGGAUAUCAACAGAAAAUACAAAUGGAAAUUCUGAAAAAGUUUUAAAACAAGAUCAAGAAUUUCGUCCUGAUUGUUCAUUACUUAAUAAUAGAAAGAUUGAAAAUGCCAUUCCAACAACACAAAAUAUGGUUAUGUAUUCAGAUAUACCAAAUCCAUCAAAUUAUACAUGCCCAUUAAAUUCACAAGGUGUUAAAAUUCGUCUAGCUGAUCCAAAAUAUUGUAAUGUUUUUCAUGAAUGUACUAAUUCAAAAUUAACAGGUUCAUUUCUUUGUAUUGAAUCACAGUUUGAUACUAAAGAAAAAGAUUGUAUACCAUUUACAUUAAUCAAUACUUGUCCACAAGAUCGACGUUACUCAUAUUCACGUUCACGUUUAGCUGCACAAACAUCAGCUUCAGCAUAUUUUGAAGCUGUUGAAGUACGAAGUGUAAAUCCAAGUGGUUAUGAAUGUAUUACAGAUGGUAUUCAUACAGAUCCAAUGUUUUGUAAUCUAUUUCAUGCUUGUUCGGGUCGUACACGACGAACAUUUCAAUGUCGUCAAACAGGUACAGAUGGUAUCAAUGAUGGUGUAUCAACAUUUGAUUUAAAUACAAAGAGUUGUACAAAAUUUUCAUCAUAUUCAUGUCCAACAUUACUUUAUAAUCAAGAAUUUGUUAUUUUACCUGUUAUGUUUAAACCACCAACAGUUUCACCAUGUGGUAAAGAAGGUUUCUUUUCUGUAUCUGAUGUAACUGCUCAAUAUUGUAAUAUGUUUGCAUGGUGUUCGAAAGGACAUGGUGAAGCUAAAGUUUUUGAAUGUGUUCCAUCAAUUCCAGGUGCACAUUCCGGUGCAUUUGAUAUGUCUAGACGUUCAUGUACAUCUCGUAUUACAUGUCCACGUGCACGACAUUCUACACCCUAUAAUACAAGUUUACUUGCAAUGACAUUACGACCAAAAAUAGUUAGUAUUGGUAAUCGAAAACAAUUUUCAUUAACAAGUACAAUGCUUGAAAAUGGUUACAUUGCAUUAGGUGUAGAUUUUCAAACAUCAUUUACAUGUCCAUUAGGUACAACUGGAUUUUAUUCAAAUCCAAAUUAUUGUGAUGUUUUUCAUUAUUGUUAUGAAACGGGUGAAUUAUCAUCAUUUGUUUGUGCAUCUAUGCCUAAUCGUUAUCAAUUAUGGUGGAGUCAUCAAAAUGAACCAGGUCGACCAGAUAAUGUAUUUUGUGAUUGGCCAUGUAAUUUACAAGGUAAUUAUGCUUGUCCAUCUUAUAAAUCAAAUCUUAUGCGUGACAGACAACCUGUUGGUAAUGUCGCACAACAAGAAGUUAUUGAAGCAACAUGUUCAUCAGCACAAGUACCAACUGUAGGAGUUAUUGUUAAUGGUAUUACACCAGAUCCUGUUAAUAUUAUGACUCCAACAUUUUAUCCAGCACCUUCACCUGGUUUAAAUAACAUUGGUAUAAAUACUAUUAAUAUAAAUAAUAUUCAACAAUCGCCUCAACCACCAGUUCAAUCAUCUGUACUUGGUUAUCAACCAUGUGCACCUUCAAAUGAAUGGUAUGUUAGUUUAUCAACUAUUCGAUGUAGUUCAUCAUUUGCUGCAACGGGCUUUGCUCCUGAUCCAAAAGAUUGUUCAAAAUACUAUGCAUGUGAUUCAUUUGUUGGUUCAGAUGGUAUGUCAUCAGGUAAUUUAAUGCAAUGUUUAGCUGGUUUAUGGUGGGAUCAACAACGACGUACAUGUGUACUUCCAUCUGAAGUAGCAUGUAAUCCAUAUAAUAUUAUUAAUUCACAAGGACAAGGUGCAUUUAUCGACAAUAAUAUAAACAUUAACUUUCAACCGGCACCACCGACAUUUCCAUUUCCACCAAUGGAUACAACACCAAAUGUUGUCUAUCCACAACCACAACCACAACCACAACCGCAAAUACCUAUUCAAGGUGGUAGUCCAGGAUCAACUGGUCCACCAUGUCGUGGUGGUCCAUUAUGUAUUGAUGUUGGACUUAAUAUUCUUCAACAAAUGAAAGGCAUACCUGGUCGACCAGGCUGGUUCUAUAAAUGUGACAGUCAAUGUGCUCUUGAAAUGCGUUGUCCACCAGGUUUAAUAUUUGAUGAUAUCUAUCAACGUUGUGAAUGGCCUGGUGCUGGUUCUCAACCAAAUCAACGUUUAGGUAGUUUAAGAAAUAAAAAACCAGAUAAUGAUGAUAAAAAUUCAACUAAAACAAAAGUUAAAAAAUUACGUUUAAUGACAACAAUGAAACAAUUAAAUUUAACAGCAUCAUCAACAACAACAUUAUUAUCAACAACAACAACAAAACCAACAACAACAGUAUCAUCAACAAAUCAAACAACAAAACUUGUUGAACCAUAA